AAUACUCAAAACACAUUCGAGCAGAAACGUAUUCCUCCACGUUCAGAACGUCUGUUGGAUUGAAAGAAAUAAGAGUUGUACUUCACAUCGUUGGCCAAGUUUACAUAUUAGACCUUGGCAGACCCCAUUAAAUCAAAGUGAAUAUCCAAGAAUUGAUUACAUUAGUAGUGGAACCGAUCUGCUAAAUAUACUUUGCAAUGUGGCUGAGUGGCUUAACAGCGAUCAUCCUUGGUGUGAAACUGACGCAAACCAAUUAUUCUGAAGAACCCUGCCAGGAAGUCGAAAGGACGGAAGAAAUUUACGAUGCACAAUCAGUGAUUGGAAAUGUUUCCGUUUUUUGCCGCUUCAUCCAGGGUUACAAAGAUGGCUGGACUACCAUCCACCAACGGUUCGAUGGGACGGUGAAUUUCACGCGCUCCUGGGACGACUAUCGGGAAGGCUUUGGAGAUCUGCAGGGCGAGUAUUGGCUGGGUCUGGAUAACGUGCAUCACAUAACUCGGUCUGGGCCGUUUGAACUGAUGGUGAUUAUGAAGGAUUAUAACGAUGAGCGGAUGUGGGCCACGUACGAUAAGUUUGCGGUUUUGAGCGAGAAAGAGCAGUAUCAGCUGGAUUUGGGGCGGUUCAGUGAGGGCAAUGUUGAAGACAGCUUGAAGCUGCAUAAUGGAAUGAAAUUCUCUACUGCGGAUCGGGAUAAUGAUCUGUGGAGUGGUAACUGUGCUGAAUUGUACGAGAGCGGUUGGUGGUUCAAAGAUUGCCAUGCAGUGAACCUCAAUGGAGUUUACCAAAAUGAAACGGAAUACGAUAAAAUGAUGUGGGGCAAAAAAUGCCUUAAAGAGGCUCAGAUGCUGAUUCGUGUCACGAAAUCAAGUGAAUAAAAUAUCUAAGCUGAUAUCGUU